CUUCUUCACACGACCCACUUACUCCAACAACUCGCUCUCAUUUGCGUCGCAAGGGCCUUCGAGGCAGCGGCAGCUUCACGCCAAUGGCGAUACUAACAGCCGUUCUUGCUCUGUGCGCCCCCCUCAUGGCCAAUGCCCUCACUUGGUCUUUCACCAAUGCGCCGACUCAAUGCGCAAACCUGUCGGUAUCGGUCAACGGCGGCACUCCCCCGUACAGGAUCCUCAUCAUACCCUUCGGCACGACCCCCUUGAGCGGAGGCACCGAAGUCCGCAAAAUCCUUGACGAGGCCUUCCCCGGAAACUCUCCGAACACCAGUUUCCAGCUCAAUUACCCUGCAAACUCGCAAUUCGUCGCAGUUGUGAGUGAUAGCACUGGGUUCGGGUCUGGGGGCACCAGUGUCAACUUGCAAGUGGCGAAUUCGAGCGAUAGCAGUUGCUUCAAUCCCAACCAGAAGAGCCAACCGACCUGGGUAUUCUCGAUAAACCCGCUGAACAGUAUCACCUCUUGUCAACCCACACGGCUCUGGUGGGACCCCUCAUCCAAUGCACCUCAAGGCACGCCUCGGUUUGAAGGUGUUAUCCCCGGCGGCAUCUCCUUCGAUAUACCAGUGACGACGGAGACUACGGUUCCUCAGCAGGGCCUCGGGUUUAAUUGGACAGUUUCUUUGGCACCCAUGACUACCGUCAUCCUCGUAGGCGGGGACGAUCGGGGCUUUGGAACAGCCGGCAGUUCGCUCUACAUCGUCGGCAACAACAUUCAGAGCGAUUCGUCUUGCCUCAAUAGCAGUAGCCCCAGCUCCACACCAGGCGCACCAGCGGGUGGAGUAGCCACCAGCACCAGUUCAAGCACCAGCACCAGCACCAGCACCGGAUCUUCUAGUCCGAAUAGCUCUCAGAAAAGCAACGGUAGUAACGUGGGAGCAAUUGUCGGUGGGACAAUAGGCGGCCUUACGGGUCUCGUUGCGUUGUGUCUGGUCGGUUUGUUCCUCUACCGGCGACGAAGGUAUCACGAUGAGGAAAAGAGAAGGCCACGUCCCGAUCUUCUGAAUGCAGACGAAGGAGACGAUGGCGAACAGUCUGGGAACGAACUGCCGCAGUUCUAUCGGCCAGAGCCAUUCGUGGUGCCCGAUCCGACGCGGGCGUCGCUGGGAGGAUUGACGGAGGACGAGCGAAGGACGAGCGGUUACCUGACAGAGGAGGGGCGUCCGCUCAGUGGCUACUAUGCCGAAAGCCACGCAGGAACUCAUGAUCCAUCCAUAAGCAUGAGUACCGCGACGAGGAAGACGGGAAUGCGGCAAAUGCGACCAGUCAACAUCAUCCAGCAUUCCGACGCUGGUCCCAGCCAGCCCCUUGUCGGGGGAGAAGAUGAUGAGCCCGAAACAGUGGAACUACCUCCUGCAUACACGAACAUCCCGUCGGGAAGCACGGCCCCGCCGCCUGUAGAGUCUUGACCGUGCCAUGGAUUGCCACGGUAUGUGGCGGCUGAGCUCGGAGAUGGUUUCGUUGACCGCAUUCUCAUGACAUUCAUUUCUUAACAUGUGGACAUAUCUGAUAUCCCAACUCGUCUGCUUUCGCCUGUGGAUUGCAGACGCUGUACUACUGUAUCGUGACCACAUCUCCCUCACACCUGUCAUCUAAGUACCAUAUCCUCCAAUUCAAUACCUUUCCAUUGCGGUCCGAUCAUGCGCGCUGUGCACUGCAUAAGGAACGGUACAUUCUGAGUUUACAUCUCUUUUACGGCACCCAUGCUUGAGUACAAGGGGCUGUCAAAGUAGCUAUCAGUCUUCAGUACCAAGUACAGCCAUCAAGCAUAUGGAUGCACAGCUUUUCAGGUCCCUCAUGUUUUCCUGGAACUGUCAGGAUGCACUCAGCAGGCACUUGAAACAUUGGAGCUGAGCGACAGAACUUCUCACGACGCCAAACACACAAGGUCAAUGGUGACUGGAAAACCCAGCUUUUCAGGGUGCCGCAUAGAAUGUGCCGCAAGAAUCAGAAACAGGCUUGGGAUGGUGCACAUAACGGCUCUCCACUCAAUUUACAUGGAGGAUUUACAUAAUUGAGUCAAGGCUCUGUACAAUCAGAGUGGAGCUUCAAUCCACAUGUCAGGUCUCGCAUCUGAGCUCCAGACUAUUCACAGGUACAAACCGUUGGAAACGCCAGAAACGCGUCGUGCGCGAAACCGGUCCAACAAGUGAAACCCGUGAUCGCGUUCCUCAAAAGGCAUCUGCUUACUUACCUGAGUGCUACAUGCUUCGCCAGCGUCUCCGGUGCAUCCAUCGCCGAACUACAAAGCCCACUAUCAUUUAUCGCCAUGGCCAAUCCUCUUCCCUUCCGUCCCCCUAGCAUGAUUGGCGCUACAGCGUCAUUCUACGACCCAUCUGACCCCCAACAGUGGCAUUACGCCGCCGCCCAACAGCAACAUCAACAGGGCUCGUUUGAAUUCUCAUACCCUCCCCCCAAUACGUCCUACGAUGAGUUACUGGCCCAAUUUUACCAAGCUCAAGCUCCAAGCCAAGUUCCGCCGCCGCCGCCACCUCCGCAUGCAAAUCCUCAGUAUCCGCGCUAUACCCCGCCCCCCGACUCCGCAUACCAUCCGGUCAAUAAGCCAGCGAAUGAACGACCUCGCAGUGUGAACAAUGCUCCACCGACUUCGGCACCUGCUUCUGAUGCUUCGCCCCCCUCGAGCACUUCACGGUCGAAACGAAAACGUGUUGCCAAACGUCCUCCGCCACCAGCAGAUCCAGCCUAUUCUGAUCUCAGCGGGGACUCAGACGAUGGCUUCGUUUCGUAUAGCGGAAGUGCACCCAUCAGCGUGGGUAUGGGUGGACUGGGCGUCCGCAGUAAGGGUGCACGCCUGCCUGGAGCAUGCACGCACUGCAAGAAAUUGAAAAUGAAAUGCGAUUUCGGGCCUGUGCUCGGCGGGAAUGCGGAAAGCGGAGAAUUGGACAAUACUUGCAGACGAUGUCGUGCGCAUGGACAUGUGUGCAUAGUGGAAGGGAGGAAGCCAAGAAGUGCACCAAACAAACGUGAGUAUUUGCUGGCCCAGAUUCGCCAGAAGGAUGCCAUCAUCGAGUCACUGCUGAAGCAGUUGCACAAUCCUUACAUCGCUACUCCCCUGUCGAUUGCAUCAUAUCGGAUGGCAACUUCGCCGUCUGAUGCAACUAACCGCAACAUUCUGGCCUGGUUGGAUCGACUGCAAGCAAGUGUUCGCGCUGGAUCCGUCGAAUCAAGCGCAUCCACGUCCUCGAAUCCGUUCGCCGGUGCCUCUCCAGCUCGUAAACCAAACUCGGGAGGCUUCGCACAGUCGGUCAAUCGACACUUCCACGCUACACCUGAGGACGAUGAUUCAGAGGACGAGGGCCCCAGUAACGAGGACGAGGACACAGACGAUAAUGAAACCGAACUGGGAGAAUCAUCUGCGCUACCGGAUGCCAGUGUCCCCAUCGGACUGAUCGCAAAUUUGAGUCUGAGCAGCAACCGUGGAAAGGAGAAGAGGGGGUCGUCGGUCCCCGGGGAUGGAUCCGAGGAUCUAGAUGAUGACAAUGUCGGUGUUGCCAAUGCUGCGUACUUCAUGCCGGGUCCAGCAACGGAUCUGGACAAACGGGCGCAGCUGAUCGAACAACACAGUCCGCCAGAAAUUCUUAUCCACGGACUGGUUGUGCCGGAGGAUGUGGAUAGACUAUUUGAAAUAUUCUAUACUCGUGUCAAUCCGUUUGUUGCUCUUCUCGAUCCCAAGUUGCACACGCCUGCAUCGACCUUCGCGAGAUGCCCAUUCUUGUUCACCGUUAUCUGUGCCAUCUCGUCACGAUACUAUCCCGAAAAAUCGGAAAUCUAUCCAAUCGCUAUGCACUUCGCUAAACAUUCGGCUGCAAAUGCAUUGAUUGACGGUUGGAAGUCUGUCGAACUCUGCCAGGCUUAUAUUCUCAUGAGCAUCUUCGCUGUCCCGGCCCGAAAGUGGGAAGAAGAUCGAUCAUGGCUUUACACUGGGCUUGCCAUCCGGCUCGCUACGGACUUGAAUCUGCACCAAGUGCCGAGCAGCAAGGCUUUCAUCAAGGGCAAAGGGGUCGAGCGGGAGAUGAACGAGAGGGAGAUACUCAACCGGACCAGGGUGUGGAUGAUUUGUUUCAAUCUCGAUCGCUCGACCGCGACACAGUUUGGAAAACCGUCCACGAUUAAGGAAGAUUACAUAUUGCGUCAUGGGAGCGACGACUGGUAUAAAAAAUCGCCAUACAAUUCAACAUUCGAUGUGCACAUGUGUUGUUACACGGCUCUCCUUCUGCUCGUUGCGAGAUUCCACGACGAUAUCUUCUCCGAUCCCACUUCGCCCAGUGGGCUAAACAAGCACGUGGAUUUCCACUCCGUGACCCUCGCCCACGAUGCCAAGCUCGAACGGUUCACUGAAGAGUGGGGGCUUCGUUUGGCCCAGGAUUCUGAUCCGCAUGACCGAAAGUGCCAGCUACGGUGCAAAUUGUUCCCUUUCUUGGUAUCGUACUCGCGGCUGGUCAUGUUCUCGUUUGGGUUCCAGCAGGCCUAUCAACGCGGGCUGCAGCCUGCGGACCAUAUUUUCUUUACGAAAUGCUUGGAUUCAGCCCAGGGUGUUCUGCGGGGGAUGAUCGAUGGUCUGGCUCCGACAGGGUUUAUGCGCUAUGCCCCGGAUGGCCACUUCAUCUUCUCUGCCUUCGCGUCGGCGUUCCUGCUCAAGCUUCUGCGGCCGGAAUUCUCGCAUUUGAUGUCCAAGGAGGAAGAAAACAAGGUGUACGACCUCAUCGGACGGCUGAUCCAGACGCUGAGUUCGCCGGAGAUCGCGAUCGACGAUCGGCAUACUCCCAAGUUGUAUGCCCGCUUUUUGGCGGGGCUGCUCUCGAAACAUCGGAGGGACGGUGCGACGGUUGGACGAUUGCAGCAGACUCAGUCGAUUGGCUCCUCCGGAAAGGCCGGCUACGUUGCACCCUCAUCGGCGUACAGCACGAGGGUGCCUAUGGCUGGUGCGGCUGCCGAGACCUCCGGCGCGUACAUGAUGUAUUCUGAGCCGCUGGCUGGGGGAUCUGCCUACCACGGCGGAACGCCAUAUCCCAACUCUUCUCAGUUCCAGGCGGCCCAACCGGAGCUAGAGUUCCAGUCGCAGCCAGUCCAGUUUGGGAUGGACGUUGAGUUGGGUGCGGGGAUGGCUGACGAGGAGCAGACGCUCGCGGGAAUGCAGGCUCUGCAGAACCCUGCGUGGUGGGAAAAUAUGAUGAUGCCUGGUUUUGUGUGGCCCGACUCGUCGAGUCCCGGAUCGACGGGGAAUACCUCGAAUGGCUCGCCGUCGCCGUAUCAGGCUCCGAUCCCGAUCUACGGCAACGGACACCUGCACGCGGGUGCGUUCCAGGAAGCUCCCCAGUUUAUUGCUUGAAAUCGAGUCGUGACGCUGCUCUUUUGCUAUCUGUUUGCUGUUUUGUAUCACAGGAUCUUGGGUGUUUAGAUGUGUCUGUACAAUUUACGUGUAUGUGGAAAUGUUUCAC